CUCCCACCCCCCCCAUUCUCUCCGACACAUUGUUCUCCCGGCGAGCAGCAGCUUCUACGGACAGACAGAGACAGGCAGACAGACAGGUCUCCGCUGUGCACGUUGGGGACUCUUUGUGUUGGACAUGAAAUCAAUGGAGCAGACUCACGGAUCCACCAGCUGAUUGAAGGAGACAAAGACAGAGGAGGACUGACGGACAAACCGGCAGACAGACAGGCAGAAAGACAGACAGACAGGGAGACCGACUGAUGGGAAAGACGCUAUGACCGGAGGCACGGGCCGCUGGACCGUCAGGCACGAGCUCAGGUAGCCUGGCGCUGAGGUGAGGCUGCUUGUGAUUGGUGGAUGCCAUGGGGCCCAGGCCGUCGUCAGGGGAGCUGUGGGGGCUCCACCUGAUGCCCCCACGCAUCCUGGUGGAUUGCUGCCUUCCAAACGGGAUGAUGGUGAGUCUGGAGUGUCUCAGAGAAACUCCUCUCAUCAGCAUCAAGCAGCAGCUCUUCACUGAGGCCAGAAAGUACCCGCUAUACCACUUGCUGCAGGAGGAGUCCAGCUACAUCUUUGUGGGAGUGACCCAGGAGGCAGAGAGGGAGGAGUUCUAUGAUGAGACAAGGCGGCUGUGUGACCUGCGACUGUUUCACCCAAUCCUGAAAGUCAUCGAGCCGCUGGGCAACCGGGAGGAGAAGAUUCUGAACCGAGAGAUAGGAUUCGCCAUUGGGAUGCCAGUCUGUGAGUUCGAGAUGAUGAAAGACCCGGAGGUUCAGGACUUCCGUCGCUCCAUACUGAGCGUGUGCAGAGAGGCCAUGGAGGAGAGAGAAGGAGGGGGCGCCCACAGCCAGGCGCUUUACGUUUACCCCCCCAACCUGGAAUCCAGCCCCCAGCUCCCACAGCACAUCUACAGCAAGCUGGACAAAGGCAGGUUGAUCGUCACCAUCUGGGUCAUAGUAUCUCCGUCCAACUCCAAACAGAAAUACACCCUUAAGGUAAGUCAUGACAGUUUACCUGAGCAGCUGAUAGCAGAGUCCAUCAGGAAGAAAAGCAGAUCGAUGCACCUGUCACCUCAACAGCUCCGCCUCUGUGUCCAAGAGUACCAAGGGCAGUACAUCCUUAAGGUCUGUGGCUGUGACGAGUACCUGCUGGAGAAGUACCCUCUCAGUCAGUACAAGUAUAUCCGGUCCUGUAUAAUAGUGGGACGUCUUCCACAUCUGAUGCUGGUUUCCAAAGACAGUCUCUACUCUCAGCUUCCUGCUUCUGGCUUUGUCACACCCUCAUACAGCCGUCGGACUCCUCAGCCUUCUCCCUGUCCAGGAGGAGGUGAUGGUUCUCCUCCUCGUUCUCUUUGGGCCUUUAACACUCUGCUGAGGGUACGACUACUGUGCGCCACCUACGUCAACGUCAACAUCCGUGACAUCGACAAGAUCUAUGUGAGGACAGGAAUCUAUCACGGUGGAGAACCACUCUGUGACAACGUCAACACCCAGAGAGUCCCUUGUUCCAACCCCAGGUGGAACGAGUGGCUGGCCUAUGACAUCUACCUGGCUGAUAUUCCUCGCUCCGCCAGACUCUGCUUGUCAAUCUGCUCUGUGAAGGGAAGGAAAGGAGCCAAAGAGGAGCACUGCCCUCUGGCCUGGGGCAACGUGAACAUGUUCGACUACACUGACAUUCUGGUUUCAGGUAAAGUGGCUCUCAGUCUUUGGCCGGUGCCUCACGGCCUCGAGGACCUCCUCAAUCCCAUCGGAGUUGCCGGUUCCAAUCCCAACAAGGAGACUCCCUGUGUGGAACUGGAGUUCUCCUGGUUUAAUCAGACUGUGGUAUUUCCUGAUGAGCAGCAGAUAGAGGAACAUGCUAACUGGACCAUCAGCAGAGAGCUUGGCUACAACUACUGCCACGGAGUGAGCAGUCGUCUGGCCUGUGACAGCAGAACUUCAGUAGCUGAUACAGAGCAGCUUUGUUCGCUGUGCUCCAGAGAUCCUCUCUAUGAACUCUCGGAGCAGGAGAAGGAUUUCCUGUGGAGGCAUAGACAUUACUGUGUAAACAUGCCAGAGUCUCUUCCUAAGCUGCUUCUGUCCGUCAAAUGGAACUCUCGAGACGAAGUGUCUCAGAUGUACUGUCUGCUGAAGGAGUGGCCUCUAAUGGAACCUGAAUCCGCUCUGGAGUUGUUGGACUGUAACUUUCCUGAUCCGAUGGUCAGAGAGUUUGCUUUGCGCUGCCUGGUACAAGGCCUAACCGACGAUAAGCUGUCACAGUACCUGCUGCAGCUUGUACAGGUGUUGAAGUAUGAGAUGUACCUCGACAAUCCUCUGGCUCGUUUUCUGAUAAAGAAAGCUCUGACCAAUCAGAGGAUUGGACACUUCUUCUUCUGGCAUCUCAAGUCAGAGAUGCACAACAAGACGGUGUCCCGUCGCUUUGGGCUGCUGCUGGAAGCUUUCUGUAGAGCAUGUGGGAUGUACCUGAAACACCUCAACAGACAGGUGGAGGCCAUGGACAAACUGGUGAACUUGACCGACACACUCAAACAAGAGAAGAAGGACGAAACACAAAAGACUCAGAUGAAGUUCCUGGUUGAACACAUGUCUCGUCCAGAUUACAUGGAGGCUCUUCAGGGAUUUGUUUCCCCGCUGAACCCAGUUCACCAGCUGGGAAACCUGAGGCUGGAGGAGUGCAGGAUCAUGUCGUCAGCGAAGCGCCCCCUGUGGUUAAACUGGGAGAACCCCGACAUCAUGUCUGAGCUGCUCUUCACCAACAACGAGAUCAUCUUUAAGAACGGAGACGACCUGCGUCAGGACAUGCUGACUUUGCAGAUCAUUAAGAUCAUGGAGAACAUCUGGCAGAACCAGGGCCUGGACCUACGCAUGCUGCCGUAUGGAUGCCUCUCCAUCGGAGACUGUGUGGGUCUGAUUGAGGUGGUGAAGAACAGUUUCACCAUAAUGCAGAUUCAGUGUAAAGGUGGCCUGAAGGGAGCGCUGCAGUUCAACUCCAACACACUCCACCACUGGAUCAAAGACAAGAACCGAGGAGAGGCGUACGACCGGGCCAUUGACCUCUUCACCAGGUCGUGUGCAGGUUACUGCGUCGCAACCUUCAUUCUGGGAAUUGGAGACCGGCACAACUCCAACAUUAUGGUGAAGGAGAAUGGCCAGCUGUUCCACAUCGACUUCGGUCACUUUCUGGAUCACAAGAAGAAAAAGUUUGGGUACAAGAGGGAGCGGGUUCCCUUUGUUCUAACUCAGGACUUCCUCAUUGUCAUCAGUAAAGGCGUCCAGGAGUCGACUAAAACCAAGGAGUUUGAGAGGUUCCAGGAGAUGUGUUAUAAGGCCUACUUGGCCAUUCGGCAGCAUGCCAGCCUCUUCAUCAAUCUCUUCUCCCUAUUGCUGGGCUGCGGGAUGCCCGAACUGCAGAGCUUCGACGACAUUGCCUAUCUGAGGAAAACUCUAGCCCUAGAGAAGAGCCAGCAGGAAGCCUUGGAAUAUUUCACCAAACAGAUGAACGACGCUCAUCACGGAGGGUGGAGCACCAAGAUGGACUGGAUCUUCCACACCAUCAGACACAUGCCCAAUGAACACUGACAUAUAACCAUUUAUAUACAACACAAACACACCAUCAGACACAUGCCCAACGAACACAUACAUGCAUAUAUGUAUUGUAUGUAUGUGUAUACAUAUAUAUAUGUAUAUGUACUGUAUAUACAGAUAUAUAUAUAUAUAUGUAUAUAUAUAUAUAUACAUAUAUAUAACAACACACACACCCUGCUGCGUAUUUACUGCACUACUGUGAUGACAAUGAAGACAACGAUGAAGGUGUCUGACUGUGUUAGAUGUCGUCAUUCUGAUAUCAUGUCGGUAUUACGACAUUACGUCGGUGGGCUGGUUGUUAUAACAACAUAAAACUCAGGGUCACAGGUCAGAGCCGUGGCUGAGAAGGCCAAAGGCAUGCUGGGAAAAAGACAGCGAUGAUGUCGUACAUGUCUUCCGGUCAGGGCUAGAGUUAGUGUGUUAGCUCUGCUAGCUCCUCUAAGCACAGACUGAGCCUUUCAAAAUAAAAUACUUUAUUACCGUAGCAUUUGAAUUAGAGCUCAUCGAGUAGCAGCUGUAACUUUAUUGAAACCAGCUGAGAUAACACUGUGGUCACUGUGAGAGCAAUAAAACCUCCAAUAACCAGUACUUUCAUUAUGACAAUCAGGAGUUGUGAGCUGGCCGAUUCAUCCUGAGAUCACACUAAAGUAAUCAAUUAUGCUUCUGUGAAAGUUAACAAGACUUUGAACACGAGACCAUUAAACCUUUAUCACAGAGUGUCUGCAUUAAAGGUCUUUUUCCACGGCAAUAUUAUGGUCUGGUUGACAUUGAUUUGCUUUCUCUCUAAAACGCUCAUGAUGAGGUAUUAGAUGUAACUUUACCCAUCCUUAUAUUAUAUUAUUAUUACUGUUAAAUUAUAUUACUCCGAGUUCAACUACUUUUCUCAUUAAUACCAUGGCUUCAUUUAAACUUGUGUCUUGAAGAUGUACACUUGUUUAUUUUACAGUGGCACUUAUACUCAAUCAUAGGAAGUGCUUUUUGCACUGUUUGAUUGAUUGAUUAUCAAUGUAAAGUCAUCAGCUGGUAAUAAAGUUUUAACUCCAGAGGUUUAAAGGAUUUUUA